UGCCAACAACAUGCCCAAGCAGGUGGAAGUGCAGAUGCACGACAACCACCUCAGCUCGGAGGAGCCGAAGCCCCGGCAUCUGGGGCUGCGCUUGUGUGACAAGCUGGGGAAGAAUCUCCUGCUCACGCUGACCGUGUUCGGUGUCAUCCUGGGGGCAGUAUGUGGAGGGCUUCUUCGCUUGGCAUCUCCUAUCCACCCUGAUGUGGUUAUGUUAAUAGCCUUCCCAGGGGAUAUACUCAUGAGGAUGCUAAAAAUGCUCAUUCUGCCUCUAAUCAUCUCCAGUUUAAUCACAGGGUUGUCAGGCCUGGAUGCUAAAGCCAGUGGCCGCUUAGGCACGAGAGCUAUGGUAUAUUACAUGUCCACGACCAUCAUCGCUGCGGUGCUGGGGGUCAUCCUGGUCUUGGCUAUCCACCCGGGGAACCCCAAACUCAAGAAGCAGCUGGGGCCUGGGCAGAAGAAUGAUGAAGUGUCCAGCCUGGAUGCCUUUCUGGACCUUAUUCGAAAUCUCUUCCCUGAAAACCUUGUCCAAGCCUGUUUUCAGCAGAUUCAAACAGUGACAAAGAAAGUCCUGGUGGCCCCUCCGUCAGACGAGGAGAGCAAUGCCACCAGUGCUGUCCUCUCGCUGUUGAGUGAGACUGUGACUGAGCCACCUGAGGAGACGCAGGUGGUUAUCAAGAAGGGCCUGGAGUUCAAGGACGGCAUGAAUGUCUUAGGUCUGAUAGGGUUUUUCAUUGCUUUCGGCAUUGCCAUGGGGAAGAUGGGCGAGCAGGCCAAGCUGAUGGUGGAAUUCUUCAACAUUUUGAAUGAGAUUGUAAUGAAGCUAGUGAUCAUGAUCAUGUGGUACUCUCCCCUAGGUAUCGCCUGCCUAAUUUGUGGGAAGAUCAUUGCAAUCAAGGACUUAGAAGUGGUUGCUAGACAACUGGGGAUGUACAUGAUCACGGUGAUUGUCGGCCUCAUCAUCCAUGGGGGCAUCUUUCUCCCCUUGAUUUACUUUCUAGUGACCAGGAAAAACCCUUUCUCCUUUUUUGCUGGAAUUUUCCAAGCUUGGAUCACUGCCCUGGGUACCGCUUCCAGUGCCGGAACUUUGCCCGUCACCUUCCGUUGCCUGGAAGAAAAUCUGGGGAUUGAUAAGCGUGUAACCAGAUUUGUCCUACCAGUUGGAGCAACCAUUAACAUGGACGGUACAGCCCUUUAUGAAGCCGUGGCCGCCAUCUUUAUAGCCCAGAUGAAUGGCGUCAUCCUAGAUGGAGGCCAGAUUGUGACCGUAAGCCUCACGGCCACGCUGGCCAGCGUUGGUGCAGCCAGUAUCCCCAGUGCUGGGCUCGUCACCAUGCUCCUCAUUCUGACGGCUGUGGGCUUGCCGACCGAGGACAUCAGCCUGCUGGUGGCUGUGGAUUGGCUGCUGGACAGGAUGAGAACAUCCGUCAAUGUUGUGGGAGACUCUUUUGGGGCUGGGAUUGUCUAUCACCUCUCCAAGUCUGAGCUGGACACCAUUGACUCCCAGCACCGAGUGCAUGAAGAUAUUGAAAUGACCAAGACUCAGUCCAUUUAUGAUGACAUGAAGAACCACAGGGAAAACAACUCCAACCAAUGUGUCUAUACUGCACACAACUCUGUCAUAGUAGAUGAGUGCAAGGUAACUCUGGCAGCCAACGGAAAGUCAGCCGACUGCAGUGUUGACGAAGAACCUUGGAAACGUGAAAAAUAA